CCCCCGUUGCCAAGCAACGCGGGCACUUCCUUGUGGGCUGCGCGGUGUGUCUCGGGAAGCAUGGAUGCCCAAGAGCUCUUCCGAAAACUCGGGGCCGGCGCCAAGUUCGACGUGAAGCGCUUCAGUGGAGACGCGGAACGUUUCAGGGUAAUCAGAACUAAGGAGAAGGAAGCUGGAGCACUGGAGAUUCAGGGAGAGCUUGACUUUUUUGCAAACAAAAGCAAGCUUGACUUUUUUGCAAACAAAAGCAAGCCCCUGCUAAACUGUCCUGAUGAUGGCAGAGGAGAAAAUUGUUCCCGUGAAUCUCAAGCUGAACUCCAGGAGUUGUCUGAAUUGCACCCUGAAAAUAAAAAAAAUGAAUCCAGACCAGUGGGCAAGGUAGGGGCUGCAUGGAAGAGAAAGGGAGAUGGUCAGAGCAUAGAAGGGAGGAAGAAAAAGAAAAAGGUUCAGGAGACGCCUCCCGUGAAUCCUGGUACUGAAAAUGAUGAGUUGCUGUGGAUGUCUGCUCUGGAAGGGAAGCUCAGCACUCCGAAAAACCAGGGGAAUAAGGAGCCCACUGCAGAGAAAGUGGAACGAGUGAGACGAGAAAAGGUAAAUCACUUCAGAAAUAAGCACAAGAUCUACAUUCAGGGAACAGAUCUUCCAGAACCUAUGGCUACGUUUGAGCAACUCGGAGAGGAAUACAAAGUUCACCCAAAGAUCAUGCAGAAUAUUGAAGCAGCUGGGUUCCAGACCCCUACACCGAUUCAGAUGCAAGCUAUUCCUGUCAUGCUCCAUGGCCGCGAACUUCUGGCUUGUGCCCCCACUGGCUCAGGAAAGACGUUGGCUUUUGGCAUUCCUGUUUUAGCACAUCUGAAACAACCCAUGAAUAAAGGUUUCCGAGCUCUUAUAAUAUCACCCACGCGGGAGCUUGCCGGUCAGACACAUCGAGAGCUGGUUAAGCUGUCGGAGGGCAUUGGCUUCAGAAUACAUAUGAUCCAUAAAGCUGCUGAGGCUGCAAAGAAGUUUGGGCCAAAGUCCUCUCAGAAAUUUGAUAUUCUGGUGAGUACUCCAAACAGGCUUAUCUAUCUGCUGAAGCAAGACCCUCCAGCGAUAGAUUUGACUAGGGUUGAGUGGCUAGUGGUCGACGAGUCGGACAAGUUAUUUGAAGAUGGGAAGACAGGGUUCAGAGACCAGCUGGCCACCAUUUUCCUGGCUUGCACCUCCCACGUUGUCAAGAGAGCCAUGUUCAGUGCAACGUUUGCGCAUGACGUAGAGCAGUGGUGUAAACUCAACCUUGACAACAUCAUAUCUGUCUCCAUUGGAGCAAGAAAUGCUGCAGCUGAGACGGUGGAGCAAGAGCUGUUGUUUGUUGGAUCGGAGACGGGGAAACUGCUAGCCAUGAGGGACCUUGUGAAAAAGGGCUUCACGCCGCCCGUCUUGGUUUUUGUACAGUCCAUUGAACGGGCAAAAGAGCUUUUCCACGAGCUCAUUUAUGAAGGCAUCAAUGUGGAUGUCAUUCACGCAGACAGGACCCAACAGCAGAGAGAUAACGUUGUCCACAGUUUCAGAGCGGGGAAGAUUUGGGUCCUUAUCUGUACCGCUUUGUUAGCGAGAGGGAUUGACUUCAAAGGAGUGAAGAUGGUGAUCAAUUUUGAUUUCCCGAGCAGUGCUGUGGAGUACAUCCACCGGAUUGGCCGCACCGGGAGAGCAGGGCUCACUGGAAAAGCGAUUACCUUCUUCACUGAAGAUGACAAGCCAUUACUGCGAAGCAUAGCCAGCCUUAUUCAGCGAGCUGGCUGUCCUGUGCCAGGCUACAUAAAACAUUUUCGCAAACUGCAAAGCAAGCAAAAGAAGAAGUUGAUUAAGAAACCCUUGGAAAGGGAACACAUUCUGACAUCUCCCCAGUUCUUACGGGCGAAAGCCAAGAAAAAAAAGAGAAUCUCCCAGAAAGUAAAGAAGAAUGCCAAGGAAGAUAAAGCCAACAAUUCUCAGGCACAGACUGCUCCAGAAAAUUGAUUCAGCUGCCUUGAAUGAUUGGUCAAAAUAAGCAAGGAUUCUGUGAUAUUUGUAGGAAGCUUGGAAGCCACAUGAACCAUUGAUGGACAAAGAAUUUAUUUUAUAUUUGGGUGUAUUUUACCUCUUUCUAUUUUGUUUUUUUUUAAGGUCGUGGCAGUCUUCCUAAGCUAAAUCCCUUCCUGCUGUGGCUGUAUGGGGACCAGGCCAUCGCCUGCUGUGACAUUUUUGCCGGGUUUCUGGGGAAGACAGUGCAAUGACAGAAGUGUCUUCUUUCACUGGGGAGCAAAGUGCCUGCUUCUCUGCUCUGAGGGAUGGGGGGAAAGGCAGGUGGGUGGAAAAGGGGACCUCACUGUUUAUGCCUUCACAUCUCCCACCUGUUAGCUCAAUACAGCUGGGAUGGGGAACUCCUGUGGCUCUCCAGGCAUGGUUGGACUCCCAGUUCCCAUCAGCCCCAGCCAGCAUGCCAAACGGUCAGGGAUGAUGGGAGUUGUAGUCCCAGCAACAUCUGGAGGGACCAUGUAAUACAGUAACAGAUUCUGUAGCGGCUGUGUUGGAAGUAAGACACAAUCAUCGCAGGCCAGAUUGCAGAUUUAUAAUUUGCAGGGAAAGCAAAUUUUAAAUCCACAGUAGAAUGCCUCUGAAGGGAAAUCCCUAAGAGUGUGUUCUAGCAAAAUAGUCCCAUUCGCCUGUACGAGGCUGCAUGCUUUACAAAGGUUCAUCCUUCCCUGGCAACUAUUGGAACGCUUUGGCCUUAAAAUCUGUAAGUCCCCCUAAUAAAUUGCCUCCCAAUGGUUUCACUGUG